CACUAAACCUCUCCUGUUGUUAUUGUUCCAUCCACAAAUGUCGAACGUUAGUACUUUGUGACUUGACUUCCUUCCAUCCUUCUUUCUGUCUUCCCCCAGGUUUCCAGGAGGAUGGCCUCCAUUUUAGACCUCCCUCCUGAGAUCUUGGAGGACAUUUUCCAAAUACUCCAUCCGAAUCUGAUUCGAUUGACCGAGUUGGCCCAGGUUUGUUCCCUGUUCCGAUUAGUGGCCUACAAUAUUCCCAUUGGCUUGCAUAUCCCCGUCAACGAGAGCAAGUUCCAGUUCCUCAGUUCGAGAGCGAUUCCAAUUACCACGUUGUCCAAUCGAGAACCCGCCAUGUUCGUCAAGGAACAGAUCUUGGGACUGAACAUCAAGCGUCUGAUCUCCGCUCAAGUAGUUUCAAAUGACUAUCAAGCCAACAAGCUCCAUCUAAGCCCUCAUUAUUUGCAAAUUCUCAACCACCUGGCCAAAUGGUCCCAAUCCAGUUUGAGGCACCUCUUUGCCAAUUUGGAUCUUCUCCGAUUGAAUAAUGAUCAGUUCCGCUGUUCCGCAAUUGUGCUCAGCUUUCAAAACCUAACAUUCCUCUCGAUCGCAUUCAAUCGGCACAUCGAACUGCAGCAAAAAGUUCUCAAUCAAACCGAAGGUGGCAACAUGAUCCAAGAAAUCUGUGCCGGAUUGAAAAAGCUCAAGAGCUUGUACAUCUUCUCGUGUCCUUCCAGUCAAUUAGUGAUCAAAUCGCCGACGCUGGAAAAGCUUCAUAUCUACAAAUCAGAGUUCGUGGCCUUCAAAUGUUUAGAGACUCCUUCGCUCAGGAAGUUCAUGUUUCUCUCCAACAUGCAAGAAUUCUUUCGAUCCGUUCGAUCCAGCUACUUGGAGGAGAAGUCGAAUCUUCAUGAUGGACUCUUUGGUUUGAUCUAUGACGGCUGUCCGAAGCUGGACUUGUUUAACAAGGUGGACUUACGAACUCUUCGGAAACACGAUCUUUCCCGUGACGAGUGGUGUGCUGUAGUCUUGAGACUUUGUCUUCGAUCUUGCGUGCAGAGACAGCAACAGGUGGUGACCUAAAUCCGAGGUCACUUUUACAAACAGUUCAAA